GCGAACGCCGGCUGAGCUGGGUCUUGCUGCUGGUGCGCGGCGGCGGAGAGUGAGGCCUGGUGAGCACCGCCCGGGUGCGAGCCGGCUCUUCGAGGCUGUGUGUGCGCGCUAGGUACCGCGGGCCGGCGAGUGAGCAAACGGCUCACCCCAACAGUGGCACCAACGUCGGUUGCCGUUAGCCUGAAAUCAUGACUACCCCAGGAAAAGAGAACUUUCGCCUGAAAAGUUAUAAAAAUAAGUCCCUGAAUCCUGAUGAGAUGCGCAGGAGGAGGGAAGAAGAAGGACUGCAGCUACGCAAGCAGAAAAGAGAAGAGCAGUUAUUCAAGCGAAGAAAUGUUGCUACAGCAGAAGAAGAAACAGAAGAGGAAGUUAUGUCAGAUGGAGGCUUCCAUGAGGCUCAGAUUAAUAACAUGGAGAUGGCACCAGGUGGUGUUAUUACUUCCGACAUGAUUGAAAUGAUAUUUUCCAAUAGCCCAGAGCAGCAACUUUCAGCCACGCAGAAAUUCAGAAAACUGCUUUCAAAAGAACCCAAUCCUCCUAUUGAUGAAGUCAUCAGCACACCAGGAGUAGUGGCCAGGUUUGUGGAAUUCCUCAAACGAAAAGAGAAUUGUACACUGCAGUUUGAAUCAGCUUGGGUAUUGACAAAUAUUGCUUCAGGAAAUUCUCAUCAGACCCGGAUUGUGAUUCAGGCAGGAGCUGUGCCUAUCUUCAUAGAGUUGCUCAGCUCAGAGUUUGAAGAUGUCCAGGAGCAGGCAGUCUGGGCUCUUGGCAACAUUGCUGGAGAUAGUACCAUGUGCAGGGAUUAUGUCUUAGACUGCAACAUUCUUCCCCCUCUUUUGCAGUUAUUUUCAAAGCAAAACCGCCUGACCAUGACCCGGAAUGCAGUAUGGGCUUUGUCUAAUCUCUGUAGAGGGAAAAGUCCACCUCCAGAAUUUGCAAAGGUUUCCCCCUGUCUGAAUGUGCUUUCCUGGUUGCUCUUUGUCAGUGACACUGAUGUACUGGCUGAUGCCUGCUGGGCCCUCUCAUAUCUAUCAGAUGGACCUAAUGAUAAAAUUCAAGCAGUCAUUGAUGCAGGAGUGUGUAGAAGACUUGUGGAGUUGCUGAUGCAUAAUGAUUACAAGGUGGUUUCUCCAGCUUUGCGGGCUGUGGGAAACAUUGUCACAGGGGAUGAUAUUCAGACACAGGUAAUUUUGAAUUGCUCAGCUCUGCAGAGUUUAUUGCAUUUGCUGAGUAGCCCGAAGGAAUCUAUCAAAAAGGAAGCAUGUUGGACAAUAUCUAAUAUCACUGCGGGAAAUAGGGCCCAGAUCCAGACUGUGAUAGAUGCCAACAUUUUCCCAGCCCUCAUUAGUAUAUUACAAACUGCUGAGUUUCGGACAAGGAAAGAAGCAGCUUGGGCCAUCACAAAUGCAACUUCUGGAGGAUCAGCUGAACAGAUCAAGUACCUCGUAGAACUGGGUUGUAUCAAGCCACUCUGUGAUCUCCUCACAGUCAUGGACUCUAAGAUUGUGCAGGUUGCCCUAAAUGGCUUGGAAAAUAUCCUGAGGCUUGGAGAACAAGAAGCCAAAAGAAACGGCACUGGCAUUAAUCCUUACUGCGCUUUGAUUGAAGAAGCUUAUGGUCUGGAUAAAAUUGAGUUCUUACAGAGUCAUGAAAACCAGGAGAUCUACCAGAAGGCCUUUGAUCUUAUUGAGCAUUACUUCGGUACCGAGGAUGAGGACAGCAGCAUUGCACCCCAGGUUGACCUUAGCCAGCAGCAGUACAUCUUUCAGCAGUGUGAGGCUCCUAUGGAAGGCUUCCAGCUUUGAGGCAAUUCACUGCUUUCAUGUUCCUGUGUCAGACCAGGCUACCCAGUCUCGUCCUCUUGUGGAGCCCACAGUCCUCAUGGAGCUGACUUCUCAAAUGUUUUCCAUAAUACUGUUUGCGCUCAUUUGCUUGCCUUGCGCACCUGCUCUCUUACACACAUCUGGAAAACCUCUGGCUCUCUGUGGUGGAAUACCCUUCUAAGAAAAGAGUAACCAGAACAGCCCACUCUUAAGGAAAAUCCCUAGGCUUUGGAGAUCCGCACGUCUAUAUUAUAAGAGUCACGGGAAUAUACACAUAUUAAUGUGGCUCUGUUUUUGUUUUUUUGGCGGAAAAAAGAGGACUCCUCAUUCCCUUUUAAGUGGGAAAAAAUACUGACAUUAAAAAGAUAAGACUAAAACUUUAUCUUGAAUUUCACACAACUACUUGCAACAAGGGAGAUAUUUAGACCUGUUGUGUAUACUUCAGAGUACUUUUCAUGAGUUCUUCCACAGUGAACCCUUGGAUUACCUGGUGGCUUUUUCUAGCCAAAUUGCAUUAAUUCUUACUGAGAUUGGAUGGUUUUCUUUCCUCUGUUGGCGCCAUUCUUCACAGAUAUUAAAGUUAAACCAUCUGCUCUCUCACCUUCAGCCUUCAGUGAAUGUGCUUUCUAGUUGUCAGGAAUGCUGAAGAAUUAAUACUUUGAUUUUCAAAUGUGAUACUGGUUUGAAGAUUUCCUUAGAGCAGAAAGCAGAGGGGCACAUAUUAAUUUGUGUGGCUGUUGCUUCUCUUUGGUCUUCUGUGUCUUAGGAUUUAAAAGUGGUUAAAUUCUAAUGCUGGUUGAAGAUUGAUUUAGAAUCCUUAGUAAUCGAAACCAUAUUCUGUAAUUCAAUAGCAAAACAAAAAGCAAACAAAAGACCCCCUCCAAUUUUCCCAAACUUAACCAGUGUGAUUAGAGGCUGUGUUUCUGCAUUUAAACAGAUGUUUCAGGCUUUGUGGUCCUGAUAAGGUCCUCAUUAAAUUGGAGUUCACCCUAGGUGCUUUUCCCCUCUGUGACUGGCAGAGAACACAUACUUUUAAAGGUUACUUAGGGACUUUUUUUUCUUACUGGGUGCAGCUUGAUUUUAAUGUAUUCAUGCUGCCCACAUGAUCCCUUUAAUGUAGCAUCCUUACCUUGAACAAAUAGCUAUCUUCUCAACAUGACCUGUUUAACCCAAGUAAGGGCAGUGAUCUUUUUCUUACAACCUCUUUAUCCCCUGAUCAUUUCAUCUCCUACUAGCUGGUAUUGCCCAGCCAAGUUGCCCUCCCCUGUCAUGAAAUAAAGUUUCUACCUUCUGACUCAUUUCAUGAUGACUGCAAUAUGUACCUGCAAAAGGCGCUUCCAGUACUGUCUUCAGUGAUCUUCAUUUGUGCUUGGACUGGAACGAAAAAAUAGCUUAAUUGCCAAGAGAACUGCAACUGAACAUACGACUUCUCGGUGCUAGUUGGCCAUCUUGACUCAAUGUUGGGACACACUAUUGGAGAUUUAUAUUUGUUGAUGUGCUGUUCAGAAUGAAUUCUGAAGGAAAAGUUACUCAUUUCUGUUUUCGAGAAUACCCUUUUAAUACUCUUUAACCCUGUUCUCUUCUAGAAUUUUAACCCCAAAGUGUAACGUUUAUUUGCAAGUUCCCCUGACAAACUAUUAUACAUCUCUGGUAAAUCCUGCUGAAUGUUAGGGAUAUUCAGAGCUUUCGUACCUCAUCAUGUUGUCAUUUAAGCAGUCAACUUAUAUGACCUGAUUUAGACUUUUAAAAAAUCCACUUCAUUUAAAGUAGAAAGAUAAAAACAAAGGACAUUUCAGCCAAGCCUAUGACACAGCCUUCGCAUCUAGCCUGUAGUCUUGUCUGUGCUCUGGAUGGAUACCGUCUGAUGUCUGUCCAUCAUUGAUGGAACAGUCACUGCAAAACUAGUCAACUCUCAUUUAUAACUGUUACUUUAUCUAGUGCUGCUUUGUGCUCAAAGGACAUUUUAGUUUACUGCACUUGACCUGUAAAAGACUUUGAUUCUUUGUAAUUUUAGGGACAAGUUAGGUGGUUAAUUUAAAGAAAAACUUUCAAUGUUGCCUUGACAUCACAUUAAAAUAUAACUUCUUUCAGAAGGUUAAUAGAAGCACUGAUUCAUAGUAAAAAUCUUGUUUUUAGCUUUGAAUUUUUUUUGUGGCUGAGUUUUUUAAAAUUGUAAAUUACUGGUAACAUGUCAUUUCUCUAGGAUGUUUAAAUUUAUGUACCUUCUGUUGGAUAAUUUUAAUAAUUUUCAGUUCAUGUUGAUAAACCAAUUUGAAUGGAAAAAAUAUAAAGCACACAAAGUUGUUUCUCCAAGUUAGAAUAGCAUACGUUGGAAAUUUUUGCUAGCAAUUGCAGGUGUCUCAAUGAAUGAAUGAAUUAAAACGGUCCACUCAACUGAUGUGGUCUAUUUUCUGUUUAAAACAGAGGAAUUUAUCUUGCUCCUGUCCUAGAAGUUCAUGAGUCAUGAGAUAGGAGCUAAAUUUUUUUUAGAAUAGAAUUUUUUUUUUAAAUAUAAAAAUUGGAAUUGACCAAAAGUUAAAUCCAGCAUAACUAUUAGAACUGAGAAAGCCUUUUUUUGGUAAUAGAAAUGACAUUUCAGAAGGUAACUAUAAGUCCUAUUUUUAGUUCUGUGCCUGGCAGGUUCUAUUAAUUUAUUUUCAAUAUAUUGAAUAUACCCUAUCACUAAGCUGUUACUCAUUACAAAAGCAUGUUAAUUUCAACACAGGAAAACUGGUUUUAUAUACGGAGGAGGGGGAAAGUGGCUUGAUUCCCUCUGCCCCCUUUUUUUCUCCUUCAGACUUUCAGGUAUAGUCUUCAUAAUGAGAACUUCAGUGGGGGAAAAGCAUUGAGAAGAUUUGGGAGUAAAGGCACCUUGUAUCUGAAGGACCAGAAGGUAGAUAUAAUUAUAUUGGGAGAUAUUGGGAAAGGUAAAGAUGAUAGAUGUGCAGAAUGGUGAGAUUUAGGAGAUGGAGUUUUCCGUGAAACACAUUAGUUCGUAUUCUUGUCACUAAGUAGUUACCUUUGUCAGCUGUACUACUAUUGAAAACUAGAUUACCCUAGGAUUGUUUCUUCCAUCUGCCAAAUAAAACUGGGUCAUUUUCAUCACAGAUGUAAACAUUGACAAUUAUCCCGUAAUAAAUCUGAAUUAUCCCAGAUUGUUGCUGAUUUUGCCUAAGAAAAUAGUAUAUUUUAUAAACCAAACUUCCCCACCUAAAUCCUUUGUUGUACAUGGCUAUCCACAGGCAACUUUGAAUUUACUUCUCUAGUGUUAAAUAAAUAUUUUAGUUAUUUAAUCCCC